AUGACUAGCAUGAUUGCUGAAGCGCUGACAAUUGAAUCUUUUGCACCUUAUGGCUCGAUAAUUUCGCCAGAUGAAGAGAUCAGUAAGCUUGAUGAAUCUGCCAAGAAUGCUAACCAGGGGACAGCCAUCAAACUACUCAAGAGAAGCAAAGUGGAAAAUCCGUUAACUCAACAGGUCCCUAACUGGAACCUAUUUCGCUGUUUUUCUCAGCCACAUCUGAAGAUUUCACUACAUGCUAAGGACUCUACGAAGGCUGCUACAAUAAAUCAUUCAAUUCGUGUGCUGGAAAAGCAUCCUUACAGUUCGCAAACGUUCUUACCAAUGGGUUGCUCGAGUCAAGAGUUUGGAUACUUGGUAGUGGUGGCACUGGAGAACCCUGAGACUAAAAAACCUGAUAUAUCUACUGCCAGAGCCUUCCUUUGUAAGGGAAACCAAGCAGUCACCUAUGGCGCUGGUGUAUGGCAUGCUCCCAUGAUUGUCGUAGGAGCAAGAGAAUAUAUAGACUUCGGAGUACUGAUUUAUGAACUAUUAGAUCCUAAUGCCCCUGAGAAGGACUGUAUGGAGUGCUUCUAUGGUGCAUCUGAUCUACUUGUCACUAUGUAUACUAGCUGA